AUGGAGGAAACCGAUGAUUGGAUGAGUUUACCGGUGGCUGAUCCACCACCUGCAUCAACUUGGUUUGAGCUACCCCUGUUGAUGAUAUAUGCGAGCGGGAAAUUAAGGAGAAACGCCAUAUCAAUAGUUUAUCUCUUCAUUCCUUCCCGGAAUACCCUGCAUUCCUUGGCUCCAUCUACACAACAGAUUUCAGCUUCAGGGUUCAAAGACACAGGCACCAAAGACACCAUGGCCAAAGAUACCAAAAGAUUCCCAGCAGUGAAAGGCUUUUCCUUUGUCUUCUACAUACUCCGUACUGCAACCCUGUAG